AUGACACGUCAGCAGAGGACAUGUGGCGGCCAGCGGUGGACAGGUGGCGCACUGCGAUUGCACGCCCGUGUGGCAGCGGGGCUGGUGUCAGCGAAUCAGGUGGAGAGGGGAGUGCAGCUGAUUGGUCAGAUGCCGCGAGUGCAUACACAGGUCACUGAUUCAAACACGAAGCAGCAAGGGGUGUUUCAGCAGGCUACUGAUUCAGGCACAAAGGACAAAAGAAGCAGGGAACUCAAAGCAGAAGUUCCAGCAGCAGCAGUGCAGUCAGCCUCUGUUUCUCUCCCUAUUCUGGGCAGGCUUCCCUUGCUUCUGUCGCCCGCACCGCCACUCUGGAACGCUCUCAUGUCACAGCAGUUAAUCCCUUCAAAUCAGCUGGCAACGGCAGAAAGACUGACCACACCAGAGCAACAGACAGCAGCAGAGGAGCCAUCGACCGUAGAAGAGCAGCGCCUCUCACUGACCAGUCUCUCUUCUGGUUCCUCUCACCCCUCCCACACAAUCACCGUUCCCACUCGCCCCCUCUCCGAUGCGUCGGGCUGUGCACUGAUAGAGGCGUUUGGAGAGGUGGGAGUGGCGGACGGGGCGGCCGCGAUUCUUGAGGCACCUCAGGAAUUGUCUCGCCCCCUCUCCUAUGCCUCGGGUUGUGCCCUGAUAGAGGCGUUUGGAGAAGUGGGAGUGGUCGACGAGGCAGUUGCCAUGCUGCUGUGUGCGAUGUGGGGUUUGGAUGAAUCCACCUUGGGCUGUGAAAGGAGGAUCCCGACUCGGGCUUUAAAGAGGGAGGCACACGCAGUGCUGCUGCUUGCAGCCGCCCUCGCCCGCUGCAGUCGCCCCGACGACGCCCUUGCGCUGCUGCGCUUUGUGCUCCAAUCGGGAGCUGCCACAUGGCGGGGUGGGAGGGGUCAGGUGGCCGUGGCGGCGAGAGAGGCGGGCGAGGCGGUGAUGGUGGCGCUGGCGAGGGAGAAGCGGUGGGGGGAGAUGGAGGAGGUUGGAGCGGAGAUGGAGGAGAGGGUGGGGAGAGGGCAGUGGCAGCAGGUCGCGUCCAUGCUCCAUCACAUGGCUGCUGACGUGUCACUUUCUGCUGACGUGUCAACCACUGCUGAUGUGGCACGCAGCAAUGGAUCGAUGGCACCAGAACCAGCUGUGCGAUCCCCGCCACCAGCAACCACUGUGAACCUGGCAGUGCGCCUCCUGGGUGCUUCUGUCGUCCCAAUGGUGCCGCCAGCUGUAGUUCCACCGCUGCAGCCAGCUGUCGCCCCACGGUUGGCUGAGGUCCCGUGGGCGGCACCACAGGCGGCACCACAGGCGGCACCACAGGCGGCACCACAGGCGGCAGCGCAGGCGGCACCACAGGCGGCAGCGCAGGCGGCACCACAGGCGGCAGCGCAGGCGGCACCACAUCUGGCAGCAAGCUCGUCAAGUGCAGAAGCAGAAGUUGGGU